AUGCUUCUGUCACGGACUUGGUCGCGGCUAGGCCCAAAUUGCGGCCAUGUCCGGCCGAGGGUGGGCACCAGCAGCUCCGAAGUUCGACGGAUAGGCACCGCCGCAAUCGCCGCAAGGCAAACUCGUACUCCCGAACACCCUUUUCGCUUGGCUGUCAUAGGUUCAGGCCCUGCUGGUUUCUACUCCGCUUACCGCGUCAUGUCCCAGCUUCCUCACGCAAAGGUCGACAUGUACGAAUCGUUGCCGGUCCCUUUUGGCCUUGUCCGCUUUGGCGUUGCCCCAGAUCAUCCUGAGGUGAAGAAUUGCCAGGACAAGUUUGAGGAGGUUGCCAGCUCACCUAACUUUUCAUUCAUUGGUAAUGUAUCUAUCGGUGAUUCGGGGCUCCAUCCAGAUAGCUGUACUGUCCCGCUUUCCAUUCUGUUGCGACAGUAUGAUGCUGUAUUGCUGGCAUACGGGGCUGCCAAAGACAGGACGCUUAAUAUUCCAGGAGAGUCGGGGCUCCAAGGUGUCUAUUCAGCCCGGCAAUUCGUAGGCUGGUAUAACGGUCUGCCCGAGUAUGCGGGGUUGGCACCAGAUCUAUCCAAGGGCGAAGAAGCGGUCAUUAUUGGGCAAGGUAAUGUCGCUUUGGAUGUAGCCCGCAUGCUUCUCGAAGACAUUGAUGUACUGCGUCGAACAGACAUCACAGAAGAUGCUCUAGCCCGGCUAGCGUCCUCCCGUGUCAAGCGAGUUCAUGUUGUAGGAAGACGCGGACCUAUGCAGGCGGCCUUCACCAUCAAGGAGGUGAGAGAAUUGAUGAAGAUUUCAAACGUCGCCUUCCAUCCUGUUGAUACGACCCUCAUCCCCCCUGACAUCAAAGCCCUUCCAAGGGCCGCAAGGAGGUUGAUGGAGGUAGUAGCAAAGGGUUCACCGACUCAAGCUGAUGAAGUCAAUAAGUCUUGGUCGCUGGACUUUUGCCUCAACCCCAUGGAAUUUCUGGCCAGCAAAGCUACGCCAUCUAAUAUCGGCAGUACCCUGUUCGAGCGAACUGAACUGUCCCACAAGUAUGAUCCCGGUGCACAGGCGCGCCUUACUGGAGAGCCAGUAAUAGUGCCUUCCGAUAUUGUGUUCCGGUCCAUCGGCUACAAAUCCGUCCCCCUGCCAGGUUUUGAGGAGGCUGGCUUUAUUUUUGACGAUCGACGAGGUGUUGUUUUAAAUGAUGGACGCGGUAGAGUCUUCCAUCAUGGCCAAAAGGGAGCCUCAGGUUCUCUUAAGUCCGAUGUCUCUCCUGGCGUCUACUGUGCCGGCUGGGUAAAGAGAGGACCUACCGGCGUCAUCGCUUCGACCAUGCAGGACGCCUUUGAAACCGGUGACUCAAUCGUACAAGACUGGCUAUCCGGUUUGCAGUUCCUUUCAACGCCGGACUCAAGUCCAGCCGGUUGGCAUGGUGUCAGCGCAGAGAUUGGCGACAAUGCUUCGAAAAGAGUAAGUUGGGACGACUGGCAUAGGAUCGACAAUGCAGAGAAGGAGAAGGGCCGUGCCUUGGGCAAGGAACGAGAGAAAUUUACAUCCACUAAAGCCAUGCUGGAGGUUUUGGCAUAG